CCGCGGGCCCCGACAGCUCGGGCCUCCUUCCGGUCCCGCUCCCCGUGCUCCGGGAUCCGGGCGCUAGGCCGCCGCUGCAGUAUAUGUUCCCCCUCCCCCAGCUCCCCAUCCCGGUCCUCAGUCCGGAACCCGGCACCCCCUCACCGUCUCCUAGCAGCGCCGUGACGUGUUCGCGCUUCAGGGGUGUGGGGCGACGCCCGAGGCGGGGUCCGGGAGCGCGCGAGGGGGUGUUGGCAACCGCGGAAGGGUGCGUCGCCCGCCUGCCCUGUUGGCUCUGCUGGAGCGGUUCCGUUUCGCCAUUUGGGGACUUCGCGUUCCAAGCUCUUUCCCGCCCACAUAGGGCCACCCCCUUCCCUACGCUACCCCUGACAUUAUCGGAGACUAAAAAAAAAAAAAAAAAAUUUUUUUUUUUUUUUUUAGUAAUUCUAAGUCCUCGUUUGCAGUUUUGUUGAAAUUUUCCUGGAAAGUGGGCUCUGGCAAUUUAUCCUAAGAAAUUUUUUUUGGAAAAAGAAAUUAGUUUAUUUGAUAGUCUAAAAAUUAGAUUGAAAUUCUUUAUAUCAACCACUAUCCUUUUGCAAAAACAUAUUUUUUGUGGUAAAUAGGUAUAGUUAUUAUGGUUGAGAGUUCGGAGCCAGAGUACCAGAGUUCUAACAUUUAAGAAUUGUGUGAGCUCGGAUAAGUGACUUAAUCUCUCUGAGGCUUAAUUUCCUAAUGUGUAGAAUGAGCCUAAAAUAUUUGUGAGUAUAGAUUAGGUAGUACUAACCUAAUUUUGGAACCCUGGUGGUGCAGUGGUUAAGAGCUGUGCUGCUAACCAGAAGGCGGGUAGUUCAAAUCCACCGGCAGCUCCUUGGAAACCCUGUGGGGCAGUUCUACUCUGUCCUAUAGGGGAGUUCUACUGUCCUAUAGGGUCACUAUGAAUCGAAAUCCUCUUGAAGUUUGGGGUUUGGUUUGGUUAACCUAAUUUAGGGUACUUCGGUGAGACAAGAGUUAAGCACUGGGCUGUAAACCGAAAGUUGGUGGUGCAAACCCACCGGCCACGCUGCUGGAGAAAGGUGGUAGUUUGCUUGCCUUGGAAACCCUAUGGAGCAGUUCUACACAGGGCUACUAUGAGUCAGAAUUGACUUGAUUGAUGACAGUGGGUUUUGUUUUUUAUUUUUUGGUAUUAACCUAAUUUACAUGGUUGUCAGUUGAAUCGACUAAGACAAACAACAAUAUGUAAAGUACUAAGCACUGCUUGACACAUAAUAAGCAUUAUGUAUGUGUUGGGUUUUUAUUAUUAUUAUUUAUUAUUAUUAUAUAAAAAUAGUAUUUUUCUCUAUGGCUUCUGUGACUUCAGUUUUCAAGAUUCUAAUUGGAAGACCCUCAGUGAGAUGGAUUGACAUAGUGUCUGCAACAGUGGGCUCAAACAUAACGAUUGUGAGGAUGGCUCAGAAUGGGGAAGUGUUUCAUUCUCUUGUAUAUAGGGUUGCUAUGAGAACUGACUUCACAGCACCUAACAAGAGCAAUUGUGAAGUAUCGCCUCCCAUCUUCUUUUGUAAAAAUAUAGUAGAAGAAUGUAUUCCAGAGUUUCUGUCAUUUCAAAGUGAAAGUAGUAAACUAGAAAUAGACUCUGUGCACGGGAGUGUGCAAUGCUUCACCAGUGGUGUGUGUGGCAGACUGCUCUGUUUUUUUCUUGGAGGAAAAUUGCGAAUGGAAGAAAAGCUUGGUGUAAGCAGUGUCAUGAUGUCUUCUCGAUUCCUUUGAGUCUAAGUCCAGGGAUGCUGGACUGAUUCUAGGGUCAUCACGUGGCACUUUAUGUAAGGUACGAACUUUAAAAAAAAGGUACGAACUUUACUGAGGGUUAAAUAAAUUUUGUAUAAUUUCCUCAACAGAAUAUUGAAAGAUGUUUGUUCCAAGGUCUCUCAAAAUCAAGAGGAAUGCUAAUGAUGACAGCAAAGGCUGUGUGGCUAAGAAAAGUAGAUCACAAGCAGAAGACCUUCAGCUGGAUGAAGACACAGGUGCUGCAGAUGCUUUAGGUACAAAAGAAGCUUCAGCACUGGACAGGCCCAGCCCUGAAUCAGGCCUCUUCCCCAAUCCAGGUGACCAGGUGGCUGAGGUUUGUUUGGUAGGAUCUGAGCAGGGUACAAAGGACAGUGAUCUUUCUGAGGAGCCUGUGAAAUCAUUUUCCAAAACACAGCGCUGGGCAGAACCUGGGGAGCCGGUCUGUGUUAUCUGUGGUCGUUAUGGUGAGUAUAUCUGUGAUCAGACAGAUGAAGAUGUGUGUAGCUUGGAGUGUAAAGCAAAACACCUGCUACAAGUUAAGGAACAGGAAGAGAAAGGAAAACUCAGCAGUCCACAAAAAGCUGAUUCGGAGGCAGAAUCUCCACUUAGUGCUUUUUAUGUCUAUAAAGAGCACCCCUUUAUUUUGAGCCUUGAGGAGGAUCAGAUCGAACAUCUUAAACAGCAGCUAGGAAUUGUAGUUCAAGGGCAAGAAGUCACCAGGCCCAUUGUUGAGUUUGAACACUGUGGUUUCCCUGAGGCUUUGAGUCACAACUUGAAGAAAUCAGGCUAUGAAGUUCCAACCCCCAUCCAAAUGCAGAUGAUUCCUGUUGGACUUCAGGGAAGAGACAUUCUGGCCAGUGCUGAUACUGGCUCAGGAAAAACGGCUGCCUUUCUUCUUCCAGUUAUCAUUCGCGCUUUAUUUGAGGACAGAAGUCCAUCUGCACUUAUCCUGACACCAACAAGAGAGCUAGCCAUUCAGAUAGAGAGACAAGCUAAAGAGCUGAUGAGUGGCCUGCCUCACAUGAAGACAGUGCUUCUCGUAGGAGGCUUACCCUUACCCCCUCAGCUUUAUCGGUUGCGACAGCGUGUUAAGGUUAUCAUAGCAACCCCUGGGCGACUUCUGGAUAUAAUAAAACAGAGUGCUGUAGAACUCUGCAGCGUGAAAAUUGUAGUAGUAGAUGAAGCUGAUACCAUGUUAAAGAUGGGCUUUCAACAGCAGGUGCUUGACAUUUUGGAAAACGUUCCUAAUGAUUGUCAGACCAUUUUGGUUUCAGCCACAAUUCCAACUAGCAUGGAACAACUAGCAAGCCAACUUCUGCAGAAUCCUGUGAGAAUUUCCACUGGCGAAAAGAACCUGCCUUGUUCCAAUGUACGCCAGAUUAUUUUAUGGAUAGAAGAACCAUCCAAAAAGAAAAAAUUAUUUGAAAUCUUAAAUGAUAAGAAACUCUUUAAGCCUCCGGUGUUGGUCUUUGUGGACUGCAAGCUAGGAGCAGAUCUGUUGAGUGAGGCAGUUCAGAAAGUCACAGGCCUCAAAUGCAUAUCUAUACAUUCAGAGAAGUCACAGAUAGAAAGGAAAAACAUAUUGAAGGGAUUGCUCGAAGGAGACUAUGAAGUUGUAGUGAGCACGGGAGUCCUGGGACGAGGCCUGGACUUGAUCAGUGUCAAGCUAGUUGUCAACUUUGAUAUGCCUUCAAGCAUGGAUGAGUAUGUGCAUCAGGUCGGAAGAGUGGGAAGAUUAGGGCAGAGAGGAACAGCUAUUACUUUCAUCAAUAACAAUUCGAAAAGACUUUUCUGGGAUAUUACAAAAAGGGUAAAACCCACGGGAACCAUUCUUCCCCCACAGCUACUCAAUUCCCCUUACCUUCAUGACCAGAAGAGAAAGGAACAGCAGAAAGGUAAACAGGCACAGAGCAAUCUGGUUACAGGAGCUAAUCUUAUGGACAUUAUUAGAAAACAUGAUAAAAGCAAUUCUCAAAAAUGAUUUGUUCUGCCACUUCAGAUAAUUUUUUUUUUGUAUUGUUAGCAAAAUUUCUGUAUAUUAUUACUGUAUGAUAUUUGAGUAAAUGGGACAGGUACAUGAACUAAAAAACUUUAUGGUAUGAUUUUUAAAAAUUUAACCGAAUAUAAAACUUUCACGGCGAAGUUGUAUUUAUUUCCCUUCUUAAUUCUCAUAAAUUAAAAACAGCUUCAGAAAAUUAAUUGCUAAAUAAAUUUUUUUUUCUGUUUUUGAAGAACCCUUUUUUUUAAAAAAAAAAAAAAUUUUAUUUUCAAUAAAUACUUCACAGAGCUUACUCUCAGAACCAGAAACCUCCACAGCAAGGAGUCUGCCUCAGAAUUUUUUUAGUAUUCCAUUGGUGCUUGGAUUAUUGUUGAAAGUAAACGAUGGGAUCUAGAAGAAAUCUAGAACUUUUUUAAAAGAUAAAUAUGAAAUAUGUAUUUUUUUAUUCUUGGUUGUUUUCCCUUCAGCUUGGUGUCUUAGUUAUCUAGUGCUGCUAUAACAGAAAUACCACAAGUGGAUGGUUUCAACAAACAGAAGUUUUUUCUCUCACAGUCUAGUAGGCUAGAAGUCCAGAUUCAGGGCAUCAGCUCCAGGGGAAGGCUUUCUCUCUCUCUCGGCUUUGGAGGAAGGUCCUUGUCAUCAGUCUUCCCAUGGACUAGGAGCUUCUCGGCACAGGACCCCAGGUCCAAUGGAUGCACUAUUUUCCUGGCUCUUGUUUCUUGGUGGUAUGAGGUCCCCUGUCUCUCUGCUCCCUUUUGUCUUUUGUAUCUCAAAAGAGAUUGAUUUAAAAAGCAACCUAAUCUAGAUUGGAUCAUGGCCUCAUUAACAUAACUGCCUCUAAUCCUGCCUCAUUAACAUAUAGAGGUAGGAUAUACAACACGUAGGCAAAUCACAUCAGAUCACAAAAUGGUGGACAUUCACACAGUACUGAGAAUCGUGGCCUAGCCAAGUUGACACAGUUUUGGGGGACACAAUUCUAUCCAUAACAAAUGUUUUUUAUAUUCAAUAUAAAAAAAAAAUGUCAAAUUAUGUUAACAUUACUUUGCUAUUAUAGUUUUGUGUUAAUGUCACUUUGCUAAUUCAAUUAGUAAUUUCAAAUACUGGAAGGAUGGUUAGGUGUUUUGCUUUGAUAAUUCUAUACUUUCAUUUCUUUAAAAAUUGUUAGUGUCAAAUUACUUGGGAAAUUUAGAUACUCAGCAAAUUUUGGUGUUUGUGCUUUAUAGCCUCAGCAUUCUCCCCAAGCCAAUUAGAGACUAGUGUCUCAGUGUAGGUGGUUUCUUAGUGUCGUCUCCACCCAAAGGAGAGAAUGAGGUCAGAGGUUUUCCAAAGAGUGUAUGAACCCUCAGGACUCCAGCUUCCAUCUUUUUUCUUCUCCCCCUUUCUGUUUGUAGCAUAACUGUCGAGUGGUGAGUAUGUUUGAUUUCAAGGAAACAAGGACCAGGCAACUAUUAAGGUGCCAGAGCCCUGUAGCAGAGGUACACUGAGAGGCUGAAGGCUGAUGGGUCAGCCUAGGGGAGGAGGAGUGAGGCCAGAGCUGGGGGCAUUUGUAAGGGCAUGCGUAGGAGUGCAUUUAACUAGCUCCCCUCCCUGUACCCAGAGGAAGGUGAAAUAAUGAGAAGUUGGACAAAAGAUACUAAACAUUCACUUAACCACAGGGUUUUUUUUUUUUUUCAUCAUGAGUGCUUUGAAAAAAUUUGAGCUACUUUUGCAAUUGAAAAGUAAAAUUGGACAAUUUUUGGGAGGAGUCAUUGGCCAGAAUCAUAUUGCCUCUGGGGAAAAAUUUAAUCUUUUGUGUUAACAGUGAGUAUCUUUGGGGAGUGGAUUUGAGGGUGGUGGGACUAUGGAGGCUUUUAUUUAGGCAUUUUCCAGGAGAUAUCUGCAGUGUUUGUAUUUUUUACACCUUGCAUAUAAAUUAUAAUUGGUAUUGGGGAAAAAACAGAGUUUUACAAUUUUGGUAUUUUAAGACCUCUGUUAGAUUUCACCCCGUGGAACCAGCGAUCAAGAAAUCAAAUGAUGCGUUGCAUUGGGCAAAUUUGCUGCAAAAGAUCUCUGUAAAAUGUUUAAAGACAAAGAUAUCACUUUGAGGACUAAGGUGUGCCUGACCCAAGCCAUAACAUUUUCAGUCGCCUCAUAUCCCUGGUGGCAUAGUGGUUAAGUGGUAUGGCUGCUAACCAAGAGGUUGGCAGUUCAAAUCCACCAGGUGCUCCUUGGAAACUCUAUGGGGCAGUUCUGUUCUGUUCCACAGGGUCGCUAUGAGUCAGAAUCGACUCGACGGCAGUGGGUUUGGUUUUUUGGUCUCGUAUGCAUGUGAAAACUGGACAAUGAAUAAGACCAAAGAAAAAUUGAUGCCUUUGACUUGUGGUGUUGGUGAAGAAUAUUGAAUAUACCAUGGACUGCCAGAACGAGCAAAUCUAUCUUGGAAGAUAUACAGCCAGACUGUUCCCUUAGAAGGGAGUAUGGCGAGACUUUGUCUCACGUACUUUGGACGUAUUAUCAGAAGAGACCAGUCCCUGGAAAAGGACAACAUGCUUGGUAAGGGAGAGGGCCAGCGAAAAAGAGGAAGACCCUCAACAAGAUGAAUUGAUGGAAUUGACACAGUGGCUGUAACAACGGGUUCAAACACAGCAGCGAUUGUGAGUAUGGCGCAGAACGAGGCCAGCGUUUCGUCAUGUUGUACAUACGGUCGCUAUGAAUCGGAACCGACUCAACAGCACCUAACAACAACAAUAUAUUUAAACAAAAAUAAAUAAUGUUGUUCUGUAACGUAACCUCAUUGGUUAGCAUCAUUUGCUGGUAGUCUGGCUUCUUUCCCCACCACUGUGGCUCACACUAGUCUUUCAGUCGUUUCCAAUGACCUUGUUAUAACCAAACCUCUCGGCUCUCAUUUUAAAUGUUUCUUGCAUUACUGAGCACGCUCUUUGAAAGUCUCACUUUUGUCAGGCAGCAAAGUAGGUAGUGAUAGGGGAAAGAGCCCCUAAUUCACAGGUUCAUUGUGAAGAUUAAAUACAGUUGCCUUAUAUAAAGUACCCAGUAGGGAACAAGUUGAACCAGUUGCCGUCCAGUCAGUCCCAACUCAUGGCAUCCGCAUGUGUGUCCGAGUAGAGCUGUGCUCCGUAGGGUUUUCAGGGCUGAGUUUUCCGAAGUAGAUUGCCAGGCCAUUUUUUGAGGUGCCCCCCAGUAUUCGAUCUUUCAUUUAGCAGCAGAAGCAUUAACUGUUCAUCUCAUCCAGGGACUCUUCUGGUAGCGUAGUGGUUAAGAGCUCGGCUGCUAACCAAAAGGUUGGCAGUUCAAGUCCACCAGCUGCUCCUUGGGAACCUUAUGGGGCAGUUCUACUUUGUCCUAUAGGGUCACCAUGAGUCGGAACCUAACAACGACAAGGACUCCCCUAAUAGGGUAGAAGCCAGAUAUUAAUGUCCUUCUCCCUUCCUUCCUUCCUUCUCAUUAAACAAUCUUUGAACUUUUCUUAUUGGUUCUUCCUGCUUCUCUAAGUCUCAGCUAUUAGCCUUUUGCUUAUUCCUUAAGGUCUUUCUUUCCCUUGGUGACCUGUUCCUUCUCUCACAUCUCUGUUCCUCUAUCACUCAGGGUACUAGAAUGCUGUGGCUUUCUUGCUUCUGUUUUACAAACCAAGACGUUACAAUUUUUGUUGGACUUGGUCCCAGUAUUGCUAAUACUUUUUUUCAGUUAAAGAUGGUAUUUUUUAAAAGCUACCGUCUACUAUCAUCAUCAUUUCAUGAGAGAAAGAACAUGUAAUAUAAAACAAGAAAGAAGGGGAUACUCUCUGAAUAAGGGGCAGUUUUUCCCAGAACGGACAGAUGACAAUCUUCCACCAAUAUACUGUAUUAUGAAAACUUAAUAUAUUUUUGUCAAAUUCAUGCAGUUUGAAAUUUUAAUUAGCUGAAAAAACUAAUCAUAUGUAUGGUCAGACAUUUAUUUUACCGCUUCUAGUAAUCGUAUUACAUGACAGAGGUGAAAAUCAAUUUUGGAGGUUUUUUUUGCUGCAUCAAAGCAAACAUCUUUUAUAUAUCAGACAUCUUAAUGCUUGAAAUUGUGACUUUUAGACUGCAAUAUUUGUGCUACUUUGUAAGAUCUUUUCAGUGCCAUUCUAUUAGUAUUCUAAUAACCAAGUACAUUUUUCAAUUCAAGUUUUUUUUUUUUUCAAAACGUUAAAAAUUUUUGUGGUUUCAUAACAUCUUUACAAAGAACAUUGCCAUGUGUUUAAACUAUGACUAAUACCGAUUAAUUAAUUUCAGUAAAUCUAAGCUGAAUCCAUGAACUAUCACUUUUCUGAUAAAGCUACACUAUUUUCUUUUGACAGGCUGAAUGUUGCUCAGGUAAUGCUCUUUGGUGCAGCUAAUACCAGCCUCUUUUUGUUGUAGAUUCUAUUCAACACAACACAAAAUUGCUCCAUAAAUUUAGGUAGCUAUGGUACAGGAGGUGACACGUCAUCCAAGGUGACUUUGCUGGCAGCCAUGAGUAAACCAACUCUGGACAGAUAGGACUCCAAGGCACACUUAGAAUGACCCAAGAGGCUCUGAGGCCAUGAGGUGGAAACCAAGCCAUGAUAACUAAGUGAAUACAGUUCUCACUCUACCAUUAGUGUGAGGACCUGCUUUGGAGUUAUUUUUUAUGAUGUCUGGCACAUUUGGUGUAUUUUGACAGAAUUACAAAUAAACACAAGACAAAGUAUAUGUAAAUGUAUAGUAAUUUUUAAAAUUGACUAAAUUUUAGCUUUAUGAAAAAUUUACAUUUCAUCCUCAUGUUUCUGAUUUCAUCUCAGAAAGCUGAAAACUUGACAAAGGUGUUUGCAGGUAACUGGAUUCCAGUUAUAGCUCUACCACUUUUUUUUAAUGGUGCAGAUUACUAUCUCUCAUCUUUUACUUUGCUCAUCUAUAAAAUGAUAUGAUUUGCUCUAAGGUUCUCUGAGGUCUUUCCAAAUCUCCAUUUUCUAUUCUUCAUACUUUUAAAUAUCUAGCUCCAUGUCUAGAAUUUGUUUCAGAGUAAUACGGGGUGUCUGGGGAGAGUGGGUGGGGAGUAUGGAUGGAACAAGAUUGGUCAAAAUCGUUAUUGAAGCCAGGUUAUGGGGAUGUUUAUUAGUAUUUAGCCUACAUUUGAUGUAUUUUAAAUAUUCCAUAAUAAAAACUUUGAUGUAUGGAAUUAUGUGUGCCCUAGCCACAUAUCUUCAACUUUGCACUGAACUUUUUGGCUUGAAUACUUAGAGCAUUACCUCCCAAAUUUAUCGUUUUCUUUACAAAAAGUGUAAUUCCUCUUUUUGGUCUUGCCUGUUGCCUCUGGUGCUAACAGCCCCAGGCCAUGCUCAAAAUCAUCCUGUCAUCACUGACUCAUUUCUCUUCUCACUCUUCAUAUCUGCUUUGUCACCAAAUCCUGUUCUUUCAAAAUGUCUACAUUCUCAUGCUGCCACUAAGCCCAGAACUCUGUCACCUCAAAUCUAAAUUUUAGUAACCCACUAAAAACCCACUGCCGUCGAGUCGAUGCCGACUCACAGCGACCCUAUAGGACAGAGUAGAGCUGCCCCACAGAGUUUCCAAGGGGCGCCCAUUUUAGUGGCAGUCACCAAAUUGGCCGUUUUAACUCUGGGACCUCCUGUCCCUACCCCCACAAUAUCCUUCCACUCCAGGGCAAGGGGAAUAUUUUUAUAGUAGAAUUUUGCUGCCUCUCUGGUAAGCGUCCAUGGACAUAUACAUGGACAAUGAAUAAGGAAGACCAAAGAAGAAUUGAUGUGUUUAAAUUAUGGUGUUGGCAAAGAAUACUGAAUAAACCAUGCACUGUCAGAAGAACAAAUCUGGCUUGGAAGAAGUACAGCCAGAAUGUUCCUUAGAAGGGAGGAUGGUGAGACAUCACGUCAUGUAUUUUGGACAUAUUAUCAGGAGGGACCAGUCCUGGAGGAGGACAUUUUUCUUGGUAAGGUAGAGGUUCAGGGAAAAAGAGGAAGGCCCUCAAUGAUUGACACAGUGGCUGCAACGAUGGGCUCCGCUAUAUAGAAAUGAUUGUGAGGAUGGCGCAUGACUGGGCAGCAUUUCAUUCUGUUGCAUGUAGGGUCGCUGUAAGAACCAAGUCGAUGGCACCUAACAACAACUGGUAUUUUCUUGCUCAGAAACCUUCAGCAGCUCCCUGUUGACAGUGUCAUCAAAUCUGAGUUCUGAGGAGUGUGAAGGCCCACCAUCAUGGAAGUCUGUUUUACUUUACAGCCUUUCCCUGCACUCCCCAGCCUGGCUUUCUCUGUAUCCUAUAACAGUACCAGACGUGGUUGUUGAAGGACUAACAAUUCAUCAGAACUCCCAUGAAUAUGUUCACGAUACAAAUAUAAUUAACUGCUGGCAAUCAGGAAUUAAUGUGUCACUGAUGAGCUCUGAACUGUCCAGCCCAACUGAAGGAAACAAUCGCCAAUAGACAGUUUUAAUUAAUGAGGGGGAAUGUGUUUAGCAUUUUCCUUUAUAUUACGAUAGUAGAGAAUUCUGAAACGAGGGCAGCAUUUUAGAACUGACAAAGCUGCUAUGACAUAUGAGGCAACUAAGUCAAUUUAAAAGAGCCCUGGUGGCACAGUAGUUAAGGCACUUGGCUGCUAAAUGGGAGGUCUUCGAUUCCAACCUAACAGCAGCUCUCAUCUGGAGAAAGCUGUGACAGUCUGCUUUCCUAAAGAUUUACAUCCUUGGAAACCCUAUGGGGGCAGUUCUGCUCUGUCCUAUUGGGUGACUUUGAGUCAGCAACAUGUAAAGAAAAAUUGGUGUAGCAGUGCUUAUGAAAAUACCUCAUGGGGGAGGUUGCACAUUCUCUGCGUAAAAAAUACAGUAGUGCUUUAAAAAAAAAAAGGGAAAGGAAAUUAGAAAAUUUAUAAACAAUUGUGAUUUUUAAGACACUUUUACACAAAUGAGGCCAGUUUAUCAAUUUUAUAAAUGCAAGAAUACAAAAGAUCAAAAAUAACAUUUUGCAUAAAUGUGUUUAUGUGUGCAUGUGCACACAAACACAAUAUCUUUGGAAGGAUAUUCUAAAUGUAGAAGGCAAAUGUAAUAGUCUUUGGGGAAAAGGGGGCUGGGAAACUUACUUUCACUAUGUGUCUUUUAUAUAAGUAAUGUGCAGAUUUCAUAUUUAUUUAUGGGUAAGUAGUAAUUCAAUAUCCUUUAAAUUCUUUUGGGUUGGGUGUGGAAGGAAAGUGUGAAGUUUUGUGUGUGUGUGUGUUUUAAAUAAUAUUUUUCAAUUUUUUGGGAAAAUACAGUGUUGUAUUAAUAAAUAAAAUAGUUUAUAUACUUGAACUUCCAUUAAGAAAUAUUUUUAUAAAGUCCCACCAAACAUCUGUCUUUUUGUUGUACUGUGGUAACUUGUAUGGUGCUAUGAUGCUGGAAGAUAUGCCCCCGGUAUUUCAAAUACCAGCAGGGCAGCCUAUGGUGGACAGGUUUCAGCAGAACUUCCAGAGAAGAUAGACCAGGAAGAAAGCCCUGGUGAUCUACUUGCGAAAAUUAACCAGUGAAAGCUCCGUGGAUCACAACCGACAUUGUCUGGUAUACUGCUGGAGGAUAGGCCCCCCAGGUGGGCGGAAAAGGUGCCGUGGAGUCAGUUCCAGCUCAUGGCAGCCCAUAAGCUGUGCUCCACAGGAUUUUCAAUGGCUCAUUUUUCAGAAGCAGCACAUUUAGACUUGAACCUCCAAUCUUUCAGUUGGCAACCAAGUGCUAACUCAAAAUACAAAAAUACACAGUGGCCAAAGCAAUGGACUUGAACAUACCAACUAUGGUGAAGAUGGUGCAGGCCCGGCAGUGCCUCCUGCUGUUGUACAUGGGGUCACCACGAGUCAAAGCUUAUUGAUGGCAAGUAACAACAACAUACCAAAUUACAUAAUUCAUUCAAAUCUCUAAUAAAUAAAGUAAUUUAUGUUAAUGCUGUUGAAGAGAUAUUAUUGAAUGGAAAUGCAUUUUGGAUCUUUAAACAAGUACAAGAUUAUUGUACAUCAUUCAAAGAAAAUUCAUGUGGAUUUUAAAGAAAUACUCAGACUACAGGUAUCCUGGGCACAUCAGUUCAGGAGCUGAGGAUCAGUAGUGGCUCCAAGGUGAAGAGGGUCAAAUAGCUUUGACUUUUUCUACCGUCUUCUUGCAUUCAUUGUGUACAGGAGAUGGUGAUAGGAUCUGAUGGGGCCAUAUGCUUCCUUAAACAUCAUCUGUAAAACAGGACUCUGCGGAUUUCAAUUUCAAUGUAUACUUGAAGCUUCCAUAGCUUUUCUUGCAUAACUUUGGAGUGUGGUUUCAAUCUUGGAUCCAUAGUACCUCAAAGAACUAAUCAAGUUCUUAAUCUCCCUUGUGUUUUGCAAAAAUUAUUGCUUUUUCCAGCUUUAUUAGGUAACUGAAGGCCUAGAUAGCCUUUGUGGGAUUACUGAAUUCAAAUAGAUUUAUGUUUUUUAAAGAAAAUACAAACACAGAAUCAGUUAGAUAUAUGCCUGUGAUGACCACUUUUUCAGAUACCAAAAUGACAUAAAAGCUUGCAGAAGAUUUUUUUCUGAUAUAUAAAUGCAUUUAUACGGUCAGCCUUGCAUAGGUUUAAAAUCAAUCAUAUUAGCUAUGCAUUCAUUGAAUUGCCAGAAAUCCAGGCUGUAUCAUUGCUGCAAAAGACUUGUGUCUACAGACUGCAAUGGUGACAUCUUGUGAAAUUCUGGCUCUUAGGCUCCUUUUUGUUGUUGGGUGUCAUCCAGUCAAUUCCAACUCAUAGGGACCGUAUAUGACAGAGUAGAACGGCCCCCAUAGGAUUUCCUAGGCUGAAAUCUUUGCAGGAGCAGGUCGCCAAGUCUCUUCUCCCCUCAGAGCAGCUGGUGGGUUCCAAUCACUGACUUUUUGGUUAACAGCUUAGCGCUUAACCACUGGACUACAGAGCUCCUUAGUGGCCCUGACUUACAUAUGCAAGGACCUUUAACAAAAUGUCAAACUUCUUUAUGAUCUGGGAGCUUCGGACCAACAAUUUUUAAUGUAGACAUAUUUCUAAAGCUUGCUAGAGCUUUCUUUAUCAGCUUUCCUAGUCUUGAGAAGUGUUGGAGGGUUCUGGUUAAUUGCAUUUCUUUUUUUAAUCUCUACCAAGGCCAACCAGGAGUAUGUAGAAGAGUUAGAGUGAGAAUUGGAGACAAAGGAUGGACAAAUGAGAGCAGGUUCAUUGUGCUGUUGGGCAGCUUAACUACAUGGAUAGUGCCCCUUUGAGUUGUGCAAUGAGGUGUCUGCUGAUUUUAAGGGUGUUUGUGAGAACUGGUGAGGUGAAUGUUGAGGGAGCAGUUUGCGCCCUACAGAGUGUAGCAGUUGGCAGAAAUGCCAUGGCUAGAUUGGCUCUUAGCCUCCUCCUGGGCUCUCUGAGCUCUCUGGUGAUGCUGCUGUCUGCCCUCCCCAUUUGGUAUUCCUGGUGCCUCCUUGCCGUGGUGAACACAGCCCAGAACACUGGAGAUGCCCUGUAGGUGGGAGUGGAGUGGAUUUGUGGGAAGGGCAAACAUUAUUUAACAAUUACCAAGGAGAAAAAUGAGAACAUUUACCACGAUUUCAUGACUUUCAGGCUUGAUUUUGUGUUCACUGUGUGUUUAUUUUAUAAGAGAAGGCAGAAUCCUCAGAAGUAAUAUGAAAUCAGUGUUUUAUUUGGUUGAAAGAGCAAGAAAGCCAAUUCCUGUACAAUUUUAUCUGUGAUGGAGGAACACUAUUUCAUUUCAUCAUUAAAUUUAAAGUCAGCAUGCUAAAAAGUAAAAUGGUAAUGAGGAAAACGAACCUAUAAAUUUAAUAAAAUGGUUAAAAAGAAGCAAAUAGCAAAUUAUGGUCAGUUAAAUAUUUAGGUGACCAGUUUCUAUGUUUUUAAUAAUAUGAAGUGAAACCAAUGAUAUAAAUGUUUUUUUGAAUACUGUAGUCAAUGAAAAUAGAAGAUGAAUGGAAACAAGCAAACAAAACCAGAGGUCAAGGAAGAGAAUGCUGUAAAACAAUGAAACAAGCCAAAUGAGAAUAACCGAUCUGCAUGAUUCAUUUUUCUUACUAACGCUAGUAGGGAGAGAAAAACAAAAAUACAAAGCCUAGAUGGAGCUGUAAUGGACUGAAGAAGGUUGAUGUAAUGACACUUUCUCGAAUAGUCUCGGGUUAAAUUUCUCCUAAGAUAAUAGAAUUCCUAACUAGGUUAUAGGCACUGUUUCUCUGACGAUCAAAUGAAAAGAAACUAUAAAAAAAAAAAUCUCGUUGCCGUCGAGUUCAUUCCGACUCAUAGCCACCCUAUAGGACCAAGUAGAGCUGCCCCAUAGGGUUUCCAAGGAGUGGCUGGUGGAUUCGAACUGCUCACCUAUCAGUUAGCAGCCCAGGUCUUAACCACUGUGCCACCAGAGCCUUAUGGCAAAGAAAGUUUAGUAGGUGAAAAAUUAUUUAGUGAUUCUUAAAGGAACAAAGUAAAAGGACAAACUUUAAAACUGUUUAACAAAGUAGAUAACUAAGACCACUGCAGCAUUUCCAGAGAAUUAAGCAGUGAACUAAGCAGAUGGUUAACUAGUUUUAAUCUUCACAAGAGUCUUAUGAGGUAGAUACUAUUUUUAAUAAGCAUUUUACAGAUGUCCAGAGAGGUUCCCUAAGGUACCCAAGGUAAGUGACAGAGCCAGGAUUCAGUCAGGCAGAUUGGCUCUAACAUCUGUGAAGGGAAGCACUGCCCCCUGCGGAAUUUUCGUAUAGAUAGGAUGACAUGCAAGUACUUGCCUCUGUACCUUGGAUAUUCCCAUUUCUUCUUAAAGGAGGAACCAUAUCUUCUACUUAGAAACAAAACAUCUGGAGCUGAAGAGACCAUCUGGUUGGCCUCUUCUUUCCUCCUUGCUUCGUCCAGAGAGAGAAGGUGUAAAUGUCCAUGGACAUCCAUUCCUGUUGGAAGGCUAGGUCCAAGCCUUUUGACUUCUUCCUUGACAUCGUUCUUACUCUACUUGUCCCCAGAUCUCCUAGAACAGUGUUGUGCUAGACUCCCAGUGAAUGCUUGUUGAAUAACUUCCAGUCUUUCUUCUUUUUUAAUUAUGGAUUUAUUGGUCAUUAAAAGGAAAGCUGAAUUCUGUAAUAUUUGGCAAUGUCUGUAGAGUAUUUAUAAAAUUGAAUAACUGUGUUAUGAGACAAAACAGGUAAGUAUUGCACUUUACAGUUUAUAAAACACUUCCUAAUAUUUUAAUGGUUACAAUAAAAUGAGUUAUAUUUUAAUAUAGAUUCUGAAUUGAAUUUUUUUCCCCUAAGAUAUUAGGGGAGCCCUGGUGGCACAAUGGGUAAGAGCUCAGCUGCUAACCAAAAGGUCAGCAGUUCAAAUCCACCAGCUGUUCUUGGAAACCCUAUGGGACAGUUCUACUGUGUCCUAUAGGGUCGCUAUGAGUCGGAAUCUACUUAACGGCAACGGGUUUGGUUUUUUGGGGGAAGAUAUUAGAGAGAGGAUAGUAAUGGGUACUUUUGAUCUGGGUUUCCUAGUUUUAUUUGCUGAUACAUAAUUCAGACAUGAAAAUUAGAAUCUCAGUUGUGGUAGAUUAGUUUACUAUUCAGCCAAUAGUUGUAAGCCCCUGAAACUUUGGAGUUGUUUGUUACGCAGCAUUAUUGCAGCAGAAACCUGACCACUAAGGAAAUCUUUAUGGUGGUAGAAAAAAGAAGUCACAUUUACUGACAACCUACUGUGUACGGACUGCUUUAUAUUCAUUAACCCAUGUAAUCCCUUACAGCAACCUGUGCAGUGGGAACUAUUAUUAUAAUACCAGGUUUACAGAUGAGAAGACCAAAGCAUGGAGAGGUUAAGUAAUUUCCCUAAGAUCACAUAGCUAGUAUAGUGAGUACUGGAUUUAAACCCACAUCUAUAUGAUUAUAAAACUUCAGCUCUUUUUUUCAAUAUCACUUCAGAUAUUAUUGCAUGAUUUAUUUAUUUAUACUACAGGUAUAGAAUGAGACUGUUAACUGAUUUGGUUGAAAUCACCGGGGCCUCCUGACAUUAUCUGAGGUCCUGUUCACUGAAUUUUUUUCUUUAUUGUUAUUAUUUUCGGUGAAAAUAUACACAUCAAAACAUGUUCCCCUUCAGUGAUCUCUACACAUACUGUUCAGUGACACUGGUUACAUCUUUCAGAUUGUGCUAACAUUUUUUUUAUCUCUGCUCCAGUUGUUUCACCCCUGUUAGUUUAGACUCACCCCCUAAACUUCUCACCUGUGCUUUAGAGUUGGCGUUGCCCCUUUGGUUUCAUAUAAUUUUUUUUGAAAGCACAAUAGCCAUUCACAUCCUUCUUCCUCACCCCUCAUCAUAUCAUUGGUUAUCAAAUUAUAUUGAUCCUCAAUCUCAAGAUGUCUCUGUCACACCAGUUGCCUAGUUUCUGUCCCUAAUGCCAACUGGUCACUCAUUACCUCCCGCUUGAACCAAUAUAAUGAACUGGUCUGGCCUCCUGCCUCGGUCUCUACCCCAUUCCUCUAUAUCUCAUACUCACACACAAUUGUCUGCCGAUCUUCCUCGAAGCCUGGUUUUACCUUGAACACAAAGCUUGGGUACAAAAGACUGGAUUUGAAUUCCAGUUUCAUCAUUCUGUCAUCAAACAGACUCAGCUAUUGUGGCUAAACACAAAGGCAGAAGUGGAAUGAGACUGGAAGAGGUUUAGAAGCUCGAUCCUGUGGCUUUGAGGAGGCCAAAGGCAUCAACCUGCGGCACCAGGACAAUACAGACCACCUGACUAAGUCAAAGUCAGGACCGAGAGACAUAGUUAUCAUUAAAGCCAGCAGUUUUAUCUUUGUUCUGAGCACAGUCAGGAGUGGGGAAGUGGGAGGUAUGUGGGGAGGGUGAAGGUGUGAAGGACGUGAAGAGAAGGGGUCUCCCAACAUCCGCUGCCUGCACAUUUCUCAGUGAAAAGCUCUCCCGUCCCUAGAAAUGGAAACAGAAACGAAACUUUAGCCAGGGCUGGGGGUUAUGGCAGGGCAGGAAGACUGGAAUUAGGACAGAACUCUGAACGUGCAAAGCUCAGAGGGUCCAGGACCAAGCACCCCAUGGUUCAGGGCACACCCAGCACCCUAGAAAAGCAGGACUCCUGUCAUCGGUGCACCAGUCUAAUUACCCCACGCUAGAUACCUUUAACCCAAAGUUCACUGUGUCCUCAGAUAAGAAAGUAAGUUUACAGAUGACCAGUGAUGAAGGAGUGUCGUUUGCUGUGUUCCAGGAAUGGACCAGAUUACUGAAGAUUCACACGGUUUAGGGAAUAGGCAGAAAUGAGGCUAAUGAAAUGCAGUCUCACAAAGCUGGAAGGUCACACACAUUAAAGUAGAACCCAUAAUGCAUUUAAUUGGAGCCUUAAUAGCUAGAAUUGCAGAAAAUAAUGAGGAAAGAGCCGUAGGGCUAGAUAAUAAUAUCAUCAAGAGUAGAGUUGUAUGCAAGGGAUUUCCUUACAGAGCAGAAGUAGUAAUGGUCCCUUUCCCUAACUGAGUUUCUCACAUCUCAUUCGGAAUUCUGCGAACAAUCCUGGGCCUCUAUGGAGAAGCUGAGCGACGUGUUACAAAUGGGGUAAGAGAGCAAAAGGAAACGUUGGUCUGGGCCUCAGGAACAUGCUAUGAUAUUUUUAAAAUGCAUUUUCACCCUUUUCCUGAGCUGAGUACAAAAUGAAUCAUUCGUUAAAGCUUGGCUCGGGCGUCGCGAGGACCAAGGCGGAGUCCCACGAUGCUCUGCGUGCCUCUUCCUCACCCUUUGGCUGACUUGGCACUUCUCUCUGUUUUGUGUUUCUGAGAUUCCACCACUACCACCAGUUGCCAUGGAGUUGAUGCUGACUCAGGGCAACCCUUUGUGUCAGAGCAGAACUCUGCUCCGCAGGGUUUUCAAUGGCUGAUUUUUUGGAAGUAGAUUGCCAGGCCUUCCUUCUGAAGUACCUCUAGGCAGACUCGAGCCUCCAAACUUCUGGUUAGCAGCCAAGUGCUUUAAUGGUUUGCACCAUCCAAGGAUUCCAUUUCUGAACAGGGCUGCCCUGUAAUAA